AUGCUGUGUCCAAUACUUGGAGAUGAGCUCUACUGUAGUCGUUUGACGGACAUAGACGGGCAAGUGGCCACACUUCAGCCAAAGGAUCUGCACCGAAUACGAGGGAAAAGGUAUAUUCCUCCGGCCCUUUCCGCACGUCUUGGUAUCCCUGCGGAAGAACUUGGCAAAUUGCCCAUGUUCUGUCACAUCCAUUCCACGGUAUUUCCCCGCUUUGGCUGGAUUAUUGGACGACCAAAAAGUGAACAGGACGUUGCCGAUCUCUACGCAAAUGCUCCACCACCACAGCAUUUUCUUGCUAUGGUACAAGCAUUAGGAAUGAGCGCUGACUUAGAGCGAUAUUUCCAUGAAGACGAAGGAGAAGAUCAAGUUGUUGGAGGAGAUGAAAAGUUUUGA